GUUUGUCAAUUCUACGCUUAGCAGCUGCGUCUAUGGCCUCGGACGCCUCCGCCUUCACCGCGACCGACGCCCCGCCCGCAACGCGCUCAGAAGCGACCCCUCCCGCCGUCAUCCCUUCAGACGACGCAGUCAGGUUGCUCAAGCGGCCUCGCUCACCUUCUCCUGCAUCGCCGCGAUCCCUUGCCCUCCAGUCCCAGGGCCUUUUGGCCCUCGGCUCCCCGACAAAGUCGGCUCGGCUGGCCCUCGCGUCCAGCAUCUCCCCGACGCCCUUGACAGCCGCAGCUGCUCUCGAGGACGAGCGCCGGCGACGCGAAGGCACCGAUCACGACGACGGGUCUCGAAUUCCUGCUCCGACGAGCGAAAACCCUAGCCACAAGGCUCUCGCUUCCCUAAUGUCCGGCGCUGUUCAAGCUAUGAGCCGCCCUGUUGACGCGCCCCCGGCUGCGCCAACAGCGGCCAUGGAUGCUUCUCCAAAGGCUCCAAAUCCCGUGUCGCUGGCGCAAAACGCGACUAGCCAGGUCGAAGAGCGUAGUGCGACAAGUCCGCAGAGCGCUGCUAGUGUUGUCGGUGUUCAAGUGACUGAAAGUCCCACUCCAAUGGACGUUGACGCACCCAAGCUUGAGCAACAUCACCAACAGUCGUCGCAACAGGUUGUUGGCCAAGAAGAGAGACAUCAGCCAGGCUCGUUAUCAUACCCGGGGUCGCUCCAGGCCACGGGUAACUUGGCGGAAACUCCUGCUAGAGGAAUGAGCUUCCCCAUGCCGGGGCAGGGUCAGACAUCACCCACGUCAUCCGCUUCCAAGAAGCAUAAAUGCCCCUACUGCAACACCGAGUUCACGCGCCACCACAACCUCAAAAGUCACCUCUUGACACACAGCCAGGAGAAACCGUACGUUUGCACCGAGUGUCAGAUGCGGUUUCGCCGGCUUCAUGACCUGAAGCGUCACGGAAAGCUGCAUACGGGUGAGAAGCCUCACGUCUGUCCCAAGUGUGACCGCAAGUUUGCUCGUGGUGAUGCUCUGGCUCGUCACUCCAAGGGUGCUGGUGGUUGUGCUGGACGACGGUCAAGCAUGGGCAGCUUUGUUGAUGACGGUGAUCUGGAGAACAGCAUCGCCGAAGCUGAUGAAUCGGCCAUGUCUGGUCUCGCUUAUGAUAAUGCAGAGGAUGAUGAACUGAGGCGACAAAGCCUCCCUAGCAUCACGACCCAGCACGUCCCUGGAGCUCAAGGUGACGGAUAUGGUGCGCAUGCCCGGACUUACCCGCCGCCUGGCGCGCGACCGGGCUCGGGAGGGCUUUUCCCUCCGAACGUGAGCCAGCAGCAAAACCAAGCCGGCUCUAAUGCCUCGCAGAAUGUGGCCAACAAUUUGGCCGCCCAUACAACCAGCACCAACAUCUCGCCGUUGCCCGUUGCGGCGGCCAACGCAAACAUGUAUUCACAGACGGGGAUUACAGAGAGCCCCAAGCCCUUGAGCCCAGGAGUUCAAGGUCACGACGGCAACAACCUGGUGCGGCAGCGCUCACCUAGCUUAACGCAGCAACUUCAGCAACAGCAGUUUGGACGCCGGACAUCGGAUCUACAAUCACCUCACAGCACGCAGCCUCGGCCCAAGCUCCCCGGGCUGUCGCAUCCUGAAUUUGCCGCGCCCGGCUCCGCCGGCUUCUCCCACACCCGGAGCGGGAGCGGCGCGGCGCCCACCAACGAGAGCAACAUGUUCGCACAGAGCGACCCUAGUGUCUGGGCUUAUAUCCAAACGCUGGAGGAAAGGGUCAAGACUCUGACGGAUAAGGUUACUACUCUGGAUCAUGUGGUAGCAGACUUGAAGCAACAGAUGGAGACACGCGAUGCGGCGGCAGCAGCAGCAGCAGCGGCGGUCAAGGCGUAGCGUGAGGUGGCUUCAAAGCGUUGACGCAUCUAUUUUUCCUUGUUGCAGGGCAUACUAAGACGACCUUCGUUUUUUACCCUUGAGAUUAUUCGGCAUGGUGCUCAGGGAGGCGUUAUCGGUUUUGGGAAUUUGGUUCAGUGGAUGGUCGGGGCCUCCACUUCAAAAGAAAGGACUUGGGAUGUUUAUGAACUGGUUGUCGUAUUGUUACUGUACCAUACAUGCAUUGUUGCUGUUGUUGCUGUUGAAGUUAUUGAUUACUCUCAGAUAGUGUGCCUCGUGGCUGCACCCAACUGGGAAGGUAUGAGAAAGGUGUGCAAAGUCAUGAUGCUUUGUAUAUAGAGAAUCUACCAAGCCGUUGGCUGACCCCCAUGGAUGCAAAGGCGGGAUGGUGUAGCAGGGUCGAAUCAGGGGCUAAGGGAAUGGAUCCCCUGGCAGGGUCCGGGAGGGAGAGCUGAGAUAAGAAAGUUCUCGGCAUGCAUGGCAGGCUUGGUCCGAUGUUGUUGUCUAUAAUGUUCUAAUAUAGGUUCACUUCUUUG